GGGAGGAAAGAAGGAAAGGAAGGAGGAAAGGGCUGUUUUAGAAUCCAGUUUUCUUGAGCUGUUUCUCGUGCUCUUAGCGAUCUGGGAAGCCCCCUAGAAAGCUCUUGAGAAUUGCCGGAAGGAGAUGGUCUCCAGCAGACUCCUUCCAGGAGAAAACGUGAGCCGCGGCAGGUGUUUCUGUAGGCUUAGGGUGAUGUGAAAUCGCUCUGGGAAACCCUACUCCUCCCUAGGUUGAGUUUCAGGGCUCCUCCCUGGUUCAUUAGUGGCCUUAAAAGGUGAAGACAUCAUUGGAGGAACAGGCAGACAACAGGCUUCUGCCAGGAGAAAGGAGCAUUCUGAGGGAAGACUCCUGAGGAGCUCAAGAUGGUCCUGAGCGGGGCACUGUGCUUUCGAAUGAAGGAUUCAGCCCUGAAGGUGCUCUAUCUGCAUGACAACCAGCUUUUAGCUGGAGGGCUGAAUGCAGGCAAGAUCUUUAAAGGUGAAGAGAUCAGCGUUGUCCCUAACCGGUCGCUGGAUGCCAGGCUCUCCCCAGUCAUCCUGGGUGUCCAGGGAGGAAGCCAGUGCUUGUCUUGUGGGAUGGAGAAGGAACCAAUUCUGAAGUUAGAGCCAGUGAACAUUAUGGAACUCUACCUUGGCGCCAAGGAAUCCAAGAACUUCACCUUCUACCGACGGGACAUGGGGCUCACGUCCAGCUUCGAGUCAGCGGCCUACCCCGGCUGGUUCCUCUGCACGGUGCCGGAAGCCGACCAGCCCGUCAGGCUCGCCCAGAUCCCCGACGACGCCACCUGGGACGGUCCCAUCACAGACUUCUACUUCCAACAGUACGAUUAGGACAGUGGGUCUCCCCAGAGCUCCCUGGGCAGGGACGGGGGGAAGCCAAGAGUCCUGGAGUGGACUCCCACUUCUGACGUAGAAGGCACUCAAUCAAGUACUCUAUUUGCCCAACGUGGGUAGAUUCUGAGAUUGGGGGCUCAGCAAUACAUUCUUUCUCCAUGGGGUGCUAUUACUGGAGUGGAACCUCAUGGAAGCAACAUGGGGUUAACUGGAGCAGCGUAAAAAGACUUCUAGUGGUCGCCACUGGUGGAAAUCCUUCAUUCUUGAUGGUCUAUGACCCAGUGACCUCCAUUCCCACCGGAGCGCCUGUUGGCCCCCUCUGGGCAGGAAGGGAAGUGCCACAGAAUUAGGGGCCAAGGUCCCUGGCUAGCCUGGCGCCUCUUUGCCUAGCCUGUG